AUGAUCACGCUGGUAAAGGCGCUAGCUGUAAUCAGCUCACGGUUUUUACAUCGAAAAGUCAUGGAAAGCAAAACAAGAAAGUUGAUGUUAAAUAAACUUUACCUAGUUUUAGCGAAAAAGAAAAAAAAAACAAAAUCAACUAAAGUUCAAUUUAUGAAACAUUACAUCGAGAUGUUCAUUGCAACUUCAACAGCGCUGAAGAGAAAAUGGAGUCAACAUCGUAAUAAAAGUUAUAGACAGACACCAAAUGGAUCAUGUGGUCAGUAA